UGUGAGCGGCGGCAGCAGGGCGGCGGCGGAUCGGCCAUGCGGUGGCCCCGCGGCCCCCGCGGCGCCUGGCGGCUGCUGCCCCGGCGCUCGCUCCUGGCCGCGCUCUUCCUUUUCUGCCUUUCCUCCUCCUUCCUCUACUUCAUCUAUGUGGCGCCGGGCAUCGUGAACACCUACCUCUUCAUGAUGCAAGCCCAAGGCAUCAUGAUUCGGGAAAACAUGAGAACAAUAGGAGCUCAGGUGUACGAGCAGGUGGUCCGCAGUGCCUAUGCCAAGAGGAACAGCAGUGUGAAUGACUCAGAUUAUCCUCUUGAUCUGAACCACAACGACACCUUUCUGCAAGCCACAACGUUUCUUCCUGAAGACUUUACCUACUUCCCCAACCACACCUGUCCUGAGAGGCUCCCUUCUAUGAAGGGCCCCAUUGAUGUAAAUAUGAGUGAGAUCACGAUGGAGGAUAUCCACCAGUUCUUCUCAAAAGACCCUUCUAUCAAACUGGGAGGCCACUGGAAGCCAAGUGACUGCCUACCUCGCUGGAAGGUGGCGAUCCUGAUCCCAUUCCGCAACCGCUACGAGCAUCUGCCCGUCCUCUUCAGACACCUCAUUCCCAUGCUGCAGCGUCAACGUUUACAGUUUGCCUUUUAUGUUAUAGAACAAGCUGGAAACCAACCCUUUAAUCGUGCCAUGCUCUUCAAUGUUGGCUUUCGGGAAGCAAUGAAGGACUUGGACUGGGACUGUCUCAUCUUUCAUGAUGUGGACCACAUACCCGAAAAUGACCGUAACUAUUAUGGGUGUGGACAGAUGCCGAGGCACUUUGCAGCCAAGCUGGAUAAGUACAUGUAUCUGCUCCCAUACAACGAGUUCUUUGGUGGGGUGAGUGGUCUGACUGUUGAGCAGUUUCAGAAGAUCAAUGGUUUCCCCAACGCCUUCUGGGGCUGGGGCGGCGAAGAUGAUGACCUCUGGAACAGAGUGCAGUAUGCAGGCUACUCCGUGACUCGACCAGAAGGAGACACAGGGAAAUAUAAAUCAAUUCCUCACCACCAUCGGGGAGAAGUGCAGUUCCUAGGAAGAUACGCCUUGCUGAGGAAGUCAAAAGAAAGGCAAGCCUUGGAUGGCCUCAAUAACUUGAACUACUUUCCAAACGUCACAUAUGACGCCUUGUAUAAGAACAUCACUGUUAACCUGACACCGGAGCUGGCUCUGGUCACCGAAUAUUAAGAGGAGAAAAUAACUUUGCUCUGCCCUUCACCAAGAAAGCACCACACUCGACUUUCUUUUCCAAGGGUUAUUGGGACAAGUGACACUUUGUCUAAUGAAGGAUCACAGUAUUUGGGAGAAUGAGGCUGAAAGUGCACGCACAACUUCCCCUAGCUGUACCAACCCAGCCCCAUACUUGUGCGGCGAGCUCAGCAGUCUCUCUUUCUUUUUUUUUUUUUCUGCCACUUGCUUUCUGGGUUUCAGGACAAGGGUUUGACCUGCUGCUCUCGUCUCCACAUUCCUCCUCCAGCAAUCUCCAGCACUGGGACUCGCCUCAGACCUGCUUGCUCCUCUGGGAAGUGGCUCAGCUGAGGGACUCUGGCUUCUCGAUGGUGAACAUUGGGAGCGAUUCAGUUGGCAGCUGCCCUGGCAGGAGAUCCAAAUGACUUCUGACACCAUUCUUCUACAUCUGUGCGGUUUUUUUAAAUUAUGUGCUUGAAGUAUAUACAACAGAAUCGCUUCUUAAAGAAGUGUAAGUGUAAAUAUGCUGUGUAAAUUGCCCCUUUUUAUUUUUCUCCUAUGGCUCAAAUCCAAGCUAGAGGUUUACAUACGGUCACUCAUUUUAGUCCUGAGUUCUGUAAACACUUGUGUGUGCACUGCUGUACUUGUGCAAGGUGUUCCCUUUUAAGCCAGUGGGACUGCUUGCCUGAUUCAAGCUGUGCAUAUGCAGAAACGUUUGUGGGACAGGGCCCUGAACUUUCCAAUGUAGCAGAUGAGAAAUACAGCUGUAUCAUCACUCAUUCCAGAAACCAUGGGACUGGCUUUUUCCAGGAAGAGUGAGGAAAUGGGAAUAUUUAUAGAAGAAAAGAAAAAAAAAAAACAACAACAAAAACAGCCCACAACAAAACCCUUUCUUUCACUUUUGCAACAUGAUGUGUAACUGAGUCCAAAAGCCAUACAGACUAACAUCACUUGCCUGUUGCUCUACAUCCCACUGAUGGCAAGUGCAAGCUCAGUGGAUUCCUCAAGAGCUCUCAUCCCUGCUGCUGUGGGAAGUGCAGCCCAGGGUUGGCUGCUCUUGCCCUUGGGAUGGGGCAGCUGGCCUUGCCACCCCAAGCCUGCCCGGGACCAGCAGCACCCUGCAGUCACCUCUGUAAUGUGCUGGUAUGGAUUGAGGGGUUGAUUUAGUUUGUAUUUAUGUAUAAAUCUAGCAGCACACCAACCUGCUGUUGGUAGGAGCCAGGUAGGGAGCCUGGUGCUCACUGCUGGCACCUGGCAGCACUUGCACAAGCACAGCUGGUAGGGUUGGUGGCCGUGGGUCAGCUGAGGGGAGAAAUGAAGGGCGUAAAUCAAGCUCAUGAAAACAUGAAGACUGAGAACCUGAGAGCUUGGUCUGAUGCCCCAUCCAACCUGGAGUGCCCCUGUUCCCUUCUCCUGUUUGCCACCCCCUCCUUCCCAUGGCUGCUGUGGGCAGGUUGGGCUCUGGGCCACCCCACUGGCACUUGUUCCAGUCCUCACACAGCACCCAUGCAGGCACUUGUGCUGGGCCUCUCUGACUUAAAAGUAAACACGUUGGGGGUUGCUUUUUAGUUUGUAUUUAUACAUAACAACGGUGUAUCCAUACCUAACCUCCCAAUCACUUUAACUUUCUUUUUUAUUGCAUUGUUUGCCUUCGGUUUCCUUAUCUUCUCGUGGUUUUCAUUGUUUUCUUGGUUCCGUGGAGGUAUGAUCCCCAUACACAUCUGUUGUGGGUGUGACUGCCCAGGGCAUUCCUAAUCUGUAUCCAGAAAACGUUAAGUUUAGGAAACACGAGUUCUUGUUGUGUAGAUCUUAUCAGCUGGUAUGAGAGGACAGCGAGCCUGCCCUUGAAAAGUGCUGAUAAGUUUGUAACUUAGGUUUGAAGUCUUUGAACUUACAUGUGCUUUAAAUCUCUUCCCGAGGGGAUUCAACCUGAUUAUUUAUAGGCAGAGGUGAGGAUUUGCUUUUUAUGGCGCAUACAGCAAUAAAGACUUUUUGCUUCUGCAUCUCCAUCUCUAAUACACGUGGACCCUUUUCAGAUGCUGAACCUGCGUUGCCCUGCCCCUCUUUUCUUUCAUCUGGAGACCCUGCUAGAAAUCUGUCUUUGUUUAAUGGUGCUUCAAACAAGGAAUGUAUUUCAACUAGUCCAAGUUCACUACCCCAGGAAUCAUGCAUGUGCGUGUGUGUGAGUAGCUGUUAAACUACCUUAGUCAGGAUGCUUCACCUUCAGUGUGUACCUGACACCCAUCUCACCUUGUGUUGAACAAAAAGCUGAUACCUCUGCUUAGAAAUGCACUCUAUGGUUGGCACAAAAGGGUCCAUUCAGCAUCCAGCAGCAUCCAUCUUCAUAGUUCCUUUGUUCUAAUCACGUUGAAUUUUUUUUUUUUCCCUUUUUAAAAUGUGGAAUAUCUGAAAAUGUGCACUGUUAAUCUUAUCAGCUAUGUCAAAUACUGUAUAGUAAAUGUAACUGUUAAAAACAUACUGUCAAGCGCAUGUGCUGUUAUGGUGUAAAAAUUCUCAUAUUAAGGAGAACUUGUACAUAUUCUGGCAGCUGAAAUUCAAUGAGGCCACUUGUUUGCCCCUUCCAUAUCAACACCGUCGGUCAGCUCCGCCGGAGGGCAGGUCCUGAUGCUGAUAUAUAUAUAUAUUUUUUUUUUUUUAAUGAGCCAUGUGGGUUUUAUUUGCAAAACUGUUUAUUGACAGUUCAUUAUCUGUAAAGCUGUGCUUCUCUAAGGGAGGUACUGUCUGGGCAACAGCGACGUGCUUCAGGUCGCUCACCAUCAGAAGUGGCUUUAAACUCUGAAGUAGCUUUCCAUCACCAUGGCUUUUGAGCUUACUGUUAUGUUUUUAAGAGGUGCCAGGGGGACGUUUUUGCACUGAAGACUGGUGUUUUGAAACACACACACUUCUCAGCAAAGCAAUCCUUUGUGUCAUUACAUUUAUUUACCCAUGUGUUUGUACAUUUUUGUAUUUGUUAAUUUAUGAAUGAUUUUUUCAGUAAAAAAUAUAUAUUCAAGAA